AUUGGCUCGCUCGGGAAGAGCGGCGUGUGUGGCGGAAGCCGGGCAAGGGGGCGAGCGAGAGACCCCGAUCGGCAGCCUGGGUGUAGGGAUGUGGCGAUCCGGGAUGGCUGCUGGGGAAGGCCUGGGACCGGCGCUCAGGGCGGUGAAGGAGCAGGUGCAGCAGGCGGCGGCCCGGAGGCCCCAGGGUUUGCCUGCCAUACAGCCUCGCCUGGUAGCUGUCAGUAAAACGAAACCUGCGGAAAUGGUAAUUGAGGCCUACAACCACGGACAGCGGAGCUUUGGAGAAAACUAUGUACAAGAAUUGCUAGAGAAAGCGUCAGAUUCCAAAAUUCUGUCUUCGUGUCCGGAGAUCAAAUGGCAUUUCAUUGGCCACCUGCAGAAAAACAACGUCAACAAGCUGAUCGCUGUACCCAAUCUAUUUAUGCUGGAAACAGUGGAUUCUUUAAAACUGGCUGACAGAGUGAAUGGUUCCUGGCAGAAAAGAGGCUCUUCAGAGAAGCUAAAGAUCAUGGUACAAGUGAACACCAGUGGGGAAGACAGUAAGCAUGGCCUGCCACCUGGAGAAACAGUGACGACUGUGGCACACAUCCUCCAGAAGUGCCCAAGCCUGGAAUUUGUGGGCUUGAUGACGAUUGGCAGUUUUGGCCAUGACAUCAGCAAGGGGCCAAAUCCUGACUUCCAGAUGCUGAUCUCCCUGCGCCGGGAAGUGUGUGACCAGCUCAGUAUCCCCAUUGAGAAAGUUGAGCUGAGCAUGGGGAUGUCUACAGACUUCCAGCAUGCAAUUGAAGUUGGCUCUACCAAUGUUAGGAUCGGAAGUACUAUCUUUGGAGAGCGCGACUACUCCAACAAACCCGCCAGCAACAAGGCCCUGGGGGAGGUCCAAGGCAACCGGGAGAACUUGGUGGAGCACUAACUGGAGGAAGUCCGGGAGAUUCCCCCAGCUUGUGAUGGACCUUACUAUGCACUUGACUCUCCUUUUGUGAGGACUGGCGUGGGACACGAUCGAGUACUCAGAGGGUGUCGCAAGCACUUUGUUACCUGUAAUUUUACUCUUGUGUAUCCAUAGAGAUUGGAUUUUUUUUAACCAGCAGAUGAACACCUGUGAUUGACAAGUGACUUUUUGGUACUUUAGCUACAGUGACUUUAGAUAGCUAUACUGGAUAACCAGCUACUUCAGCCCUGCUAAGGCAGGGUGUGAAACAUCUCCAGCGACCAUGAUACAUUUCCAGCCAGAAAAAAAAUGUUUUUCUUGUUUCCCCUAAGUCCCUCUCUCUGGUGGUGCCUCGGAGAGGGGGCACACCUCAAAAGCCACCUCCCCUGAAAUGCUGUAGAGGGUCCGUGUGUGUGUGUGUGUGUGUGUGUGUGUGUGUGUGUGUGUAGACAUGAGCAUCUUUGCAGAGGUCUCUUAGACCCUUAAUGACACUAAAAAAAGUAACGCCUGUCAGUGUGUAUGGUUCGCUGAAUGUUACACAGAGGAAGUGUGGCUGAUCCACUUGCAAGUGUUAAUUGACGGUAGCUUUUGAGUCACAGAUCUGAAAGGUAGAGUGCAUUUGUGUGUGUGUGUUGCAAUUGACUCCCAAAGGCUGCUGUUGCCAGCUCCGCUCAUUGACUACAUAUCACGCUUUCUUUUGCUAUAACCUGUCCUUUCAGCUCUUUGGGUCAACUGAUUCAAGUAGUUCUGCUAGGUAGCAGUAUGUUCCACUAGCCAAAGCUUGGGGGGGGGGGAGACUCCUGACUCUGCCACUGACUUGCUGUGUGAUCUUGGCCAAGUCACUUAACCAUACUGUGCCUGCAUCCCCUGUAUGAAAAAUGGGGCUGACCUACCUCACGUGAGAGACUGUGAGGCUGCCAGGCUUGGAAGGUUCUUUGAAACACUGCCUCUCACCCUGCAGGGAAGGCAUUAGGGCAGUAUAAUGCAGUCAAAACAAGAUCUAGCAGCCAAGAUGUUAGCGCUUACCUACAUCUCUGUGCAUGUGUCAUGGGGCAGUCUGAGUGGUGGGUCUGCAAGUGGUUUGUACACAAGGAACUAUUAACUGAUGCACUCCCUGGUUGAAUACAGAACAUUGUCAUCCCAGAUGGUGGGCCCAAGUGGUAGAAAGGAACAAUGCGUUGUCUCACCACUGUACAUAUUGCUCCAAGAUCUUAGAAACCCAUUAAACCAGACCUGGCGUUUGCAUCAUUCGGAUCUCACCCAUGCACUCAUCCCUCUCUGCUGCACCCUACUCCGUGGAAAUGUUUACAGUGGAAUCUGUUCUGUAACUCACAUGUUGACAAUCUACUUUUAAGGCCCAGCCUGCUGCUAAAAUGACUUUAGUCCCUGGUAGAAAUACCCGUUUCUCCUCUUUCUCCCCGCAAGAAGCUUCCAGCCUGUUUUGUCUGGUGAAACUAACUGUGGGACAUGUCUUGACUUCCUGGACACAACUCUGAAUGUAACUGCAGAGGAUCAAAUGCCCAAUCAACUUCUGUCCUGCUAUGUAAUUGCGACGCUAAAUGCAGCACAAGUUGCCCCCAGAGCUCCAUGGGGCCGUGUUCUCAUUGUGUUAAGAAUAAAAUCAGUUGUGAAUCAGAA